UUUAUCAUCCUCUUUUUUUUUUUGAAAAUUAUUAUUUUUAAUAUUUUCCCCCCUCUUGUAGAAGUCCCUACGAACAGAAGACCGUCUAGUGCCGUUCGGACAUUUCUUAAUCACAGCAGAAUCGGAGAAAACAAUUUGGUUCCAUCUUCGGAGAACAAGAAAUCUCUCUCUCUCCAUUUCGAGCAUCUCACCCACCAAGCUCAAUCUCCUUCCUGAGAUUUGUCUUUUCUUCUUCUUCAGCAUUUUCUAUGGCGGAAACCCUAGACUCGGCCUCCUCAUUGGAACCCGGGAUCGCGAACGGGUUCGAACCAUGCAGCGGAAACCGAGUGGAGAUCGAUACGUCGGCCCCGUUCGAGUCUGUGAGAGAGGCUGCGGCUCGAUUCGGCGGAUUCGGUUUCUGGAAACCUUCUCAUCUUCAUAGAAUUUCAGUGGCUUCUCAGCAGGGAGACAUAGAAGAGGCUGACAUUGCUCAGCUGGAAGAUCAGGCGACCGAGCUGGAGAAUGAACUGAUCGUCAAAGAAUGUGAAACACUCGAUGUUCUGAAAGAGCUUGAAGCUACGAAUGCCACCGUCGAGGAGCUCAAGUCGAAGCUGCAGCAGAAGGAAGCUUCUGAAAAGGAGAUGGCAAGAGAAGCAAAAGACGACAAAUGUGGGAGUGGUCAGCCACAGCCAGCAUAUGAGAUACUGGUGGAGUUGAACCAGGCGAAACUGAACAUGUGCAGGAUGACAGACGAUCUUGCAGGCACCCAUUCUUCGGUUGAGUGGCUGAACAAGAAGCUGGAUGAGGAAAGGAUUGCACUUGAGAAGACCCGUGAACGGUUAGUGCAGACCUCUCUGAAGGAGGUUCAAAGAUUGAGUCAUGAAGCUGAGGAAUUCGAGAGAACAGGAGAGAAUUCCCGAUCAGAAGUAACGAGAGCCAUGGCCAAGAUCCAAGACAUGAGAAACAAGAUCAAGACAGCAGAGAUAAGGUUGGUCGCUGCUAGAAAGAUGGAGGAGGCUGCUAGAGCAGCUGAAGCAGUUGCACUUGCCGAAAUCAAGGCCGUGACUGGAAGCAAGAACACUGAUGAAGUGACCAUCACCGUUGAAGAGUACACUUCACUGACGCAAAAUGCUAAAGACUCGGAGGAAAAAGCCAGGAAGAGAGUGGAAGAUGCGUUGUCUAGAGUUGAUGAAGCAAACGUCUCUAAGACAGAGGUUCUGCAAAAAGUAGAAGAAGCUGCCCUAGAGAUCAAAACUAGCAAGAGGGCACUCGAGGAAGCUCUCGAGAGAAUGGAUGCAGCUAACACUGCAAAGCUUGAAGCAGAAGAGGCAAUGCGAAAAUGGAGAUGGGAGAAUGGGCAGAGGAGAAGAUCAUCAUCAGCGAGCAACACGGUCAAGUUCAAGAACCCUUGUCCUCCCCAGCACAGGGAAGAGACGCAACUCAUGGACAUGAACGGUCUGAAUCUGACAAACGAGGGGUCGUUGCCCACAGUGCAAGCGUUGAAACCAACCAUGUCGAUAGGGCAAAUUCUCAGCAGGAAGCUGAUACUGGCUGAGGAGCCGGAAAUGAACGUUCUUGGUGAGAAAGGAAGAUGGAAAGUAUCGCUUGGGCAGAUGCUUGGUAAGACUAACAACAAUGGGGAUGGCUCAGUGAGCAAGAAGAGCUUGGGGAAGGAGAAUGGGAAAAGGUUGACAGGGAAGAGAAGGAAGUUUGGUUUAGCCAAGUUGUCUGUGUUGUUGAACAAAGAGAGCAAGAUGACGAUGAAGAAGAAGAUUGCUUCUUUGAACUUGAGGUGAGAUUGAGUGAACGUAGUGAAGUAGAAGAUGAGAGAUUCUUUAAUGCACAUGUUCUUUGAGAGCGUUGUAAGCACGCGCCUUGAAUGCGCGUCGUGUCAUCAUCUUUGAAAUAUUCGUAUAUUCGGUUUA